AUGGCAGCCGUUGCCCCGCCUCAGGCUUCGAUGUCUGCGGUCCCUUCAUCAACUGAGUCCGUGGACGUAAGGCAAUUCACGGCCCUUGAACAGAAGGUGGACAUUUUGGUCGCCCAACUACAGCAACUCUUUCCCUCGCAAGCGAGACCGGGACAGUUCAACCUGAAAAAGCAGAAACCAAAUGCUUUGAUUGGGGGUCCAAUCCCGUCGCUACCGCUGAGCCCUGAUAUCAGUUUGCCAGUGACUCCCGCCCUCGAGGCUCAGGAGCCUACUGUUGUGGUCCCCGAGAGGCCUUCAACGAAGAUUGCUCUGCAGAUUCUGGAUAUCAUCCAGAGGUAUGGGCACAAUGUCGGCUCCAAGAACGCUCCAGGGCCGUGGACUGGGAAGUCGAAGUUCGUGGCUCCGGUCGAGGCGCAUGUGUUGAAGAACGAGCCAGUGCAGAUGGUCUUACCAGCAUUUCCUUUCAAGUCGCCAAACAGGAAGGAUAAAACCCUCGGUAACAUGCCUGAUUUGGGUGAAGAGCUUGCGUUGAUGCAUUUGAACGGACUAUGUGAGAGUGUUGCGGAGAUAUAUGAGCACGGCGCUACCGUGGUCAUAGCAUCCGAUGGCCUGGUCUACAAUGACUUGAUGGGUAUACCGGACGGUGAAGUCUGGGAUUACUCCACAGCAGUUCGAGAUAUCAUACAAGCCAAGGAGCUCCACCAUAUCAGGGCCCUCCGCAUUGUCGAUCUUCUAGACCAUCCUAACACCGAGAAUUUGACGAGAGAGGAGUAUCUGGUCCACGCUGGCUGUUACCGCCGCGAACUCAUCGCAAAAUACUCUCCCGCGAAUUUUGACGCUCGUGAAGCGGUCAAAAAAGACACCGACAUCUGCCUGACAUAUAGAGGUUAUAUCAAAUUUUUGACCAAAGAUUUGAAGUACAGCCACGUAGCCGAGGAAGCACAACGUCAAGAGAACCCAAAGAAGCGGUACAAGGAUGCAAUUGAGAGCCUUGCAUUGAAGAUGAUCACGCGGGGCAAGGCUUUUGCGGCUGCCAUCGAAAGCAAGUGCAAAGAUCACGUGCGUCUUUCGAUACAUCCCUCAGUUGGGCAGAAAAAGCUCUCAGUACCUCUCAUUCCACAGGUGGACGGCGCAAUAAUGACUCCAUGGCAUUCGUCCGUUGCUGUUGGCAUUGACGGAUCCUUCAAGACUGUUCAUGCUGGAGACGUGCGAGAAACGCACGAUCUUGUCCUUCGAAACGGUCGCCCAUACCAUUUCCGGGAGAAGUCAGACCUCUGGGACUUCGGCAAUAUCCAGGUUGAAUUCGAACAUCUGUACCCCUGUGGACUUAUCAUCCGUCCGGCACCCGAGCUUGAGUCGAAGCCCUCGCUCCGCGAUGUUGAUGUAACCAAACUGCGCAAACUGGCAGAGGUCCAGUCUCCCGUAGUGUUGCGUGGCUUCGCUGAUACUACCGACCGCGAGCUUUUCAUCAGCAAAGCAUAUGAGAUGGGAACCGUACUUCCGUGGACGUUCGGGAUUCUACAAGAGGUCAAAGACCACGGAAGGAACGACAAGGACCACAACAACGUUGUGAGUAGCGAAGCGAUGCCCAUGCACUACGACGGCAUGUUCAAGUUCGUAACUCAAAAGGAUGAGGAAGGCAAUGAUAUGAAAGACGAGGAGGGUAAUGAGAUCAAAGUGAACAGACCACCAGGAUUCCAGUAUUUCACCUCCAUCGCCACAGCACCUAAAGGCACCGGCUAUACUCUCUUCGCCGCCUCUCGGCUCUUCUGGCAAUACCUGCCGGCUCCCUAUACGGUUGAGCGUCUGGAAGCGGUGAAGUGGCGAAUGGACAACAACGGCUUCUGGAAUGCGAAGCUGCAAGACCUACCGCUGGUGGUACGCCACCCGAAGAGCAAUGCCCCCUGUAUGCGCUGGCAUCAACCAUGGGACGCCACCAAGACCAAGUUCUCGACAUGCGAAGUCACGAUCCAGAAUGACAGCCAGGAUAUUGUCGCGAUGGUGGACCAAAUGUUGUACGAUCGACGCGUGUGCCUGAGAUUUACCUGGGAGCAGGGUGAUAUUCUGUUGUCUGAUAAUACAGCCAUGCUGCACACGAGGACUGGCUUCACUGGUGACUGCGACCGAGAACUGUGGAGGAUCCACUGGGGGGGGGGAUGGGCCGGGGGUACUCCUUUUUACCAAGAGCACGAUAAGAGUAAAUUGGAUCUGGUAGGCAUUGGUAUGCGAUGGGCGUCUUUAGAGGUUCUCCAGGUUCUCAGAUAG